AUGGCCCAAAAACACUGGGUCACCAUCUAUGACAGCUCAAAUAUGACUUAUGAGUCGUGUUUGAGAGGAAAGCUGGUGAUGUCCGAGAGUUUGAUCACAUCUUCAUUCCUAGAGAGUUUUAAUACGAUCAAUAAUGCACUGAAUCACAGCACACACAGCAAAUUGUGUUCUCCAUCGUCCCCUGAGAAGAUGUUCGUGUUCUCCAGGCAAGCUGCAUCAGAAACUCAAGAUAUCUCUAAAGCUGCAGAAAUCUUUCACAUGACCUUACGGCUAUUAAAGGAGAAGACAAACAAGAGACACAAAAGAUCAGUAAAUGUGUCAGAUCUCUUCUCCGUGGAAGAAGUGAAGCGGAUGGUUAAGCUGUCUGGAUGUGUUGGUGUUUCUCAGCUCAUCACCUGCACCGAGGACAGAAAGUACCGCAGUAUCUCAGGAGUGUGCAAUAACAGACAGAAUCCUCUCUGGGGAGCUGCCAACACGGCUCUGACCCGAUGGCUUCCGGCUGAGUAUGAGGAUGAUGAAACACAACCUAAAGGCUGGAACACUGGACGACAAUACAAUGGCUUCCAACUUCCACAAGUUCGUGAUGUCAGUGUGAAAGUGAUGCACAGCUCCAGCGCUCCGGUCCUGAAGGAUCAUGAAUAUUCACAGAUGCUGGUGGACUGGGGUCAGUACAUCGACCACGACAUCUCCUUCACACCACAAACAGCAUUUUCACAAGGACUCAACUGUCUACACACCUGCACAAACCACAAUCCCUGCUUCCCCAUACAGAUUUCCAGGAAUGACCGACUGUCUGGCAGUAAAAACUGUCUUCCAUUUUCCCGUUCUUCACCCGCCUGCCCAGACGUUCAUCGGCUCGACUCACGACACACACUUCAGCGUCAACAAAUGAAUUCAGUCACUUCAUUCAUAGACGCGUCCACCGUCUACGGUCAUUCAGAGCCGCUGGAGAAAACCCUGAGAAAUCUCUCCAGCACCGAAGGCUUGCUGGCUGUCAACAGAAAAUACAGCGAUCACGGUCGAGCGUACCUUCCGUCUGUCACCGGCGGUCCGUCCUCAUGCUUCCAGCAGCCCGGGUCAGCCGAGGGGGAACGGGUGGAGUGUUUCGUGGCUGGAGACACCAGAGUCAAUGAGAUUCUGCCCCUGUCUGCCCUUCACACGCUCUGGGUGAGAGAACACAACCGAGUGGCCGGACACCUGAGACGUCUCAACCCUCACUGGAGGUCAGAGGUCGUCUACCAGGAGACGCGUAAAAUCAUCGGAGCGCUGCAUCAGAUUGUAACAAUGAGGGAUUACAUUCCAAAAAUCAUCGGACAAGAAUGCUUUGACAAGUCUGUUGGAGAAUAUGAAGGUUAUGACGCUUCUUUAAAUCCAUCCGUAUCAAACGUGUUCUCCACCGCCGCGUUCCGCUUCGGCCACGCCACCAUAUCAGCAUCACUCAAGAGACUGAACGAAAGCUUCCAGGAACAUGAACGCUUCUCUUCUGUGGAUCUCCAUCAGACGUUCUUCAGCCCGUGGAGACUGGUCAGAGAAGGUGGUCUUGAUCCGGUUCUGCGUGGUCUUCUGGGCCGUUCGGCUGCUCUUCAGAAUCAAGAUCAUCUGAUGAAGGAGGAGUUAACAGAAAGACUGGUAGUUCUCAACAUCCCCGUGUCUCUGGACCUGGCUUCUCUAAACCUGCAGAGAGGACGAGACCACGCCUUACCAGGUUACAAUGACUGGAGGAUUUUCUGUGGAUUUGACAGGAUUGAAACAGAAUCCGAUCUGGUAGACGUGGUCGGCAGUGAUGUCCUGGUGGAGAAAAUACUGCAGGUGUACGGACACAUAAAUAAUAUCGACGUGUGGCUCGGUGGACUGAUGGAGCGUCCGCUGCCUGGCGCUCGCACCGGUCCGCUCUUCGCAUGCUUGAUCGCUAAACAGAUGAAGACGCUAAGAGAAGGUGACAGAUUCUGGUGGGAAAAUCCUGAGAUCUUCUCCAUCCAGCAGAAACGGGAACUAGAAACACACUCUCUGUCUCGUGUCAUCUGUGAUAACAGCGGCGUGAUGGAGGUUCCUCUGGAUUCGUUCAGGGUGGGACGUUACCCGGAGGAUUUCCGUUUCUGUGAUAACAUCCCAUCAUUAGACCUCGAGGCAUGGAAGGAGAAUCCAGACAUCUGCACGCUUUAG